AUGGGCUGGUUUUCCUCCUCACCAAAGCCCAUGGACGAUCCUAGCAAACCCCCGAUGCGUUCGUCGCGCAAACAGUGCUGGGAGAGCCGAGACGCAUUUUUCACAUGUCUGGACCGAAUCGAAGUCGUGAACGCGUUGGAUCCGAGUCAAACGGGUGCCAUCAAAAGCCAGUGCAGCAAAGAAGAGUCUCGGUUCGAACAGGAUUGUGCAACGAGCUGGAUCAAGUAUUUCAAGGAGAAGCGGGUCGUGGAUUACAAGCGUGAGAAAUUCAUGAAAGAGAUGGAAGAAAAAAAUGCUCAGAAGAUUGAGCUCCCAGGGCUGGUGCGCCGCUAG